ACUUAUCGCGAAGAAUAAUUUCCCCUUGAAGAAUAAAAAUUUCUCCGUAUCCGUAGACGAAUCUGAUGGAAAAACUGACGGAGGAACAGGAAGAGAAACUCUGCCUGGCUAGCCUCCCUUUGCGCAACUAUUUGAUGAAAUACGUGUUGCCAACCUUGACGCAAGGACUCAUCGAAGUUGCAAAUUUGCGUCCAGACGACCCAGUUGAUUUUCUCGCUGAAUAUCUGUUCAGGGAAAAUCCAGAGGGCAAGAUGUUCGAGCCGGAGCACACGAGCGCUAUGACCUCGAUUCUGAACAUGAUCGACAAAUUCAAUACCUUCUUGCUUCCCGAGGAAGAGGUGAGCAGCCAAGUAUUACAACUGUUGAAACGGAAAUCGCUAACGGAAGAAAUAGAAACCACCGAUUCGGACGUGUGCACGGCUCAAAAGACUUAUGUCACACCGUGUUACACUUAUGACGACGACACGUGCGUUGAUGAAGAGACCUCCGAGAUGACCGAACCCGACGAAGAAGAUUGACGAAACUCGAAAACAGGAAGAUGCAGGUCCCGGAGGAUUUGCAUGUUUGGCCAAACGGAUUGAUAAUUAAUUAAUCUGCACGUGACACGAUAAUGGCAAUAUUUGGUUUGGCAACGUCAUCCGGAAUUCCUGUAAUUUGUUGAGCCGUGCAUACUAAUGAAUCCUUGCAAAGCGAUAUUUGCAUAAUGUAUCGAUUGCUCGUGCUACGGUCUCUUUGUCUUUUUUGGAUCGGAUAUAUAUUGAAAUUUUGAAAUUAUAAAUUUUUACGAGAAAAUUGUUAUU